UUGCAAUUCCUAGUUUUGGCAUAAGGUUGGCAUAGGUUGGUGGGUGAAGACUGAGGAGCGACACUCCGAGGAGCCAAAGGGAAAAACACGACCUUUCCCUCUCUCCAAAGGAUCAUCAAACACAAAUUCCUCUUUCACUUGUUUUGUUUAUUACUACUAUAUAUUCAUCAAUCACCCUCUUUUCUUCUUCUUCUAUCACUUCAGAUCACACUCCUUUUCACCAUGUCUCAUUUGGCAGUGUCUCAGAUGGCUGUAACUGUUCCUGUCAGCAGUGAUUUCUCCGUCAGAAGAUCUGCGUUUAAGGGAUCAAACUUAAACAUUCGGGAUAAAUCAUGGGCGCCGGUAUUUACUUUGGACAUGAAAGCUAAUAACCGUGGUUGGAGAAAUCACAAUGUGAUUUGCAUGUCAGUGCAACAAGCAAGUGUGCCGAAAGUAGCCGUUUCGCCUUUAGAAUUGGAAAAUCCUACAGAGCCUCCGUUGAACUUACACAAGCCUAAAGAGCCUUAUACAGCAACAAUUGUUUCCGUCGAAAGAUUGGUAGGACCAAAGGCUCCUGGGGAGACUUGUCAUAUUGUGAUCAAUCAUGAUGGAAAUGUUCCUUACUGGGAGGGACAGAGUUAUGGUGUUAUUCCACCAGGUGAAAAUCCAAAAAAACCUGGGACUCCCCAUAAUGUUCGAUUAUAUUCAAUUGCUUCCACGAGGUACGGAGACAAUUUUGAUGGCAAAACAGCCAGCUUGUGUGUGCGCCGUGCUGUUUAUUAUGAUCCCGUGACAGGAAAGGAAGAUCCUUCCAAGAACGGUGUUUGUAGUAAUUUUUUGUGUGAUUCAAAGCCUGGAGACAAAAUUAAGAUCGCAGGCCCCUCAGGGAAGAUAAUGCUUUUGCCGGAGGACGACCCAAAUGCUACCCAUAUAAUGAUUGCCACUGGCACUGGUGUUGCUCCAUAUAGAGGCUAUCUUCGUCGAAUGUUCAUGGAAUCCGUCCCAACAUUCAAGUUUGGUGGACUAGCAUGGCUCUUCCUCGGUGUUGCAAAUGCCGAUAGUCUCCUCUACGACGACGAGUUCACCAAAUACCUUAAGGAUUACCCGGACAACUUCCGGUACGACCGAGCACUCAGCAGAGAGGAAAAGAACAAGAACGGCGGCAAAAUGUAUGUUCAGGACAAGAUUGAGGAAUACAGCGACGAGAUCUUCAAACUUUUGGAUAAUGGAGCACACAUCUAUUUCUGUGGUCUGAGAGGAAUGAUGCCUGGGAUCCAAGAAACACUGAAAAGGGUUGCUGAGAAGAGAGGAGAAAGUUGGGAAGAAAAGCUUUCAUUGCUCAAGAAGAACAAACAAUGGCAUGUUGAGGUUUACUGAUAUUGUUUUUAUUUUCUAAUGCAGGAUGCAUAAUAGUCUUCUAAGAAAAAAACAAAAGUGUUGGCAAUUUUCAUUCUUGUUUCUAGAAAUUGUUUUGAUUAAUAGUGUUAAUUAAGCAGCUGGAGUAGCUGUAUCUGUUCUGAAUUAGUAGAUUAUAAUGAUGUUUUGUCUUGCCAGAUCUUGAUGAAUUAUCAUGUUAAUCAAUAAGGAUUAUUGUUAUGUGGAA